UCUCUGGAUAGAUUUUUCAAGAAUCGUGCUUUUAGCAGGAAGAAAGACAAAACAUGGAUGCACACUCCUGAAGCCUUAUCAAAGCAUUAUAUUCCCUAUAAUGCAAAGUUUCUUGGCAGUACGGAAGUAGAGCAGCCCAAAGGCACGGAAGUUGUAAGAGAUGCUGUUAGAAAAUUAAAGUUUGCAAGACAUAUCAAGAAAUCUGAAGGCCAGAAGACGCCCAAAGUUGAAUUACAAAUCUCAAUCUAUGGUGUAAAAAUUCUAGAUCCAAAAACAAAGGAAGUCCAGCACAACUGUCAACUCCACAGGAUAUCAUUUUGUGCUGAUGAUAAAACUGACAAGAGAAUAUUUACUUUCAUAUGCAAAGACUCAGAAUCAAAUAAGCAUCUGUGCUAUGUAUUUGACAGCGAAAAGUGUGCAGAAGAGAUAACUUUAACAAUUGGUCAAGCAUUUGACUUAGCUUACAGGAAAUUUCUGGAAUCCGGAGGAAAAGAUGUUGAAACAAGGAAACAAAUUGCAGGUUUACAGAAAAGAAUUCAAGAAUUAGAAACUGAAAACACAGAACUGAAAAAUAAAGUUCAAGAUUUGGAAAACCAGUUAAGAAUAACACAAGUACAUGCAUCUCCACUGCUGCACAUAAAGUGUGAUAAUGAUGAACAUAUGUUUCAAAGACCCUCUACUUUUUUCUGGUGUAACAAUGAGGAUUCACCUCCUUGUUUAGAUAUCUCUUCCAUUACGCUUACUCCUAGGAGUUCUCCUGACUCUAGACUACCAUCUGGAUUGUUAAUACCACCACCUUCAAAAAGUGGUCUUCCAAAGCCAACCAGUGAAUACAGCUGCCCAAGACCUCGUGCAGGCAGUGUGACACCUAAAUCACCCUCCACUGACAUCUUUGAUAUGGUUCCCUUUUCUCCCAUAUCCCCUCAGUCAUCAACACCUACUCGCAAUGGUACACAGCCUCCUCCAGUACCCAGUAGAUCUACAGAGAUCAAGAGAGACCUUUUUGGAGCAGAACCUUUUGACCCUUUUAGCUGCGGAGCAGGAGAUUUCCCUCCAGACAUUCAGUCCAAACUAGAUGAGAUGCAGGAGGGGUUCAAAAUGGGAUUAACUCUUGAAGGCACAGUAUUUUGUCUUGACCCACUAGACAGCAGGUGCUGAUGCCAAGAAACUAAAUGUGAAAUUCCUACACAGUGGGUUUUUUUUAAUUCUGAACAUGUAUUCACAGAUACUAUCCAUGUGCCAAAAAUUGCUUUUUUCAACAUGUAAACUCUUGUGAUUGUUUGCUUCUGUAAAAAUCCAACUUAGUUCCAGUCUUUCCCUGUACAAAUGUAAAAAGUUGUACUUGUUUAUGAAAUAUGAAUUAAAUUACACUGUUGUGUUUCUUUCUCU